CAAUAGUCAACUCUCCUCGCCUGAUCACAUCCAAAUUUAGUAGGUAAAACAAUCAAUCUUAUAUAUCUGUGUCUGACUUUUCCACUACAAAGAGCACUGCCAGUUCCGUUGACUUUUCGGUUUCGCUGGCCAUGGCUGACGUACCGGGUGCGCCGAUCAUAUCCAUCUACGACCUGCUGCUGGAGCGCAAGAUCCUGCUUGCUGGCAAGGGGGCAUUCCGCAAGCAGAGGAACCAACAAGAACCGAACGAACCGAUGGCCGAGACUGCCACCAAAGCCAAGGCCAUCAGCAGUAGCAUCAGUAAGCACCUCAGCUGUUCGUCCGAUGGGGAAGUGACACCGUCGGGGCCAGCUAAUGUUUCGGCCUCGCACCUGAUCAAGAAGCGGACGGGCGUAAUCAUGCAGCAGCCCACAAAGAAGGAAGUGCCGGACAAAGUGGCCAAGAAGGCGGCGCCCAGGAUUCUCAGUGCGAAGACCAAAAUGAGAGCCUCUUCAGUUGGCAAUAGCCUCUCCGAUGCCUCCACAUCCAAGCCAUUGACGAGCACGCGCCGCAAGACGAAGAAGAAGAAGGUGCUCCGCCCACCUCUUCUCCUCGCGCAGUUUAUCGAGUUGGCUCUCCAGACUCCGGCGUAUCACCUGCGUGUCCGCCAGUAG